CACACUGAAACUCCGCAGUACUUUUUCAAUAGGCGGCGAUAUCAUACAGAUUUAAAGUGACGAUUUUGAGAUCUACUAACCUGUAUUGGAAGCUUCUAAGUCUACUGCAAGAUUAUGAAUCGACGAGAAAAUGUUCCCAAACAAAAGAUUCCUAAACAUUUAAGAAAACGUUACUCCUUAGUUCCAUCAUCUUCUCUACACUCGUCCUUUGUUCAAAUUCAUCAGAAUACUUCUGGAAUUUGUUUAGUUGAUAUUCUUAAAUUUGUAAAGCAGUUGAUUUUGGAUGGAAGGCAUUAUGAUGAGCGCAAUCCUUCUAUAAUCUUGUGUUAUCGUUCUCAACAAUUGGAAAACAUAUUUGGAAUGAAAGCUUUGCAUGUAAGCCAGGUUCAAAGUGCCCUAGCAAAAUCAUUAGUUGCUCUGAACACUCCUGAGAAUAGUUCAGGAUCAGAUUCAGGAUCAGAACCUGAAGAAGCUGAAGCAGAAGUAACAACAUCUAAGAAAUCCGCAACUCCAAAAGCUGACCCAAAUACUAAGUACAGACUAUCCGAAAGUCUGAAACAACUAUUUGUUUCUGCUGCUAUUCUUGUUCACUCUCAGGAGCUGUUUACAUAUUCAGAAGCAGCAGGGCUGCUCUCUAAAUACAUUAUAUCCAAGAAAGAUCACAUUUUUGAUUCUCGAAACAUUAUGGUGGCUCUAGUCGGCCAGGAUCGUCUAGGAGAAGUGUUUGAUGUUACUGCGUUCCAUCGAAGCCAGGCAUCCAUGUUCUUAAAAAAACACUUGUUCCCUGAGAUAGAAAAUCCGCAAGAACUUCCAAAAAGUGCUGAAGAUAAAUCUACGGCUACAGUUGGGACCCAGACAAUGCAGGAAAUUAAAGAAGAACCUUCAAUGUUUAAGAGACAACCAUGUGCAGAACUUGUGAAUGUGCAAAUGCCGCUGAAUGAGACCAAAACAUCGAAAAGAUGCGCAGACUGGACUGAGAGGGUGCUUCCGCCAAAGAAAAGGACGAUGGAAUUGAGAGGGUAAAAGCUAUCAUCAGAAAACUAGAAAGCCCAAAUGUAUCAACUUCGAACAGAAAAACUCUAGAAAUUAAUUUUGUCUUUUUUUAUUUAUUUUAUUUGGUUUGGAAUGCACUUUUAGAUAUUUAUUCCAACUCGAUGCCAUCCGUGCAAAACAAUAAAUGGCCAAUGAAUAAUUGUUAGUUUCAUCUAAUUUGUUUUGUGAUAUUUAUAAAACUAUUAACUAUGAAAUAUAUGAAAUUAAAUGAAAAAUUUA